CCGGUUCUACAGUGGACUCUGGGAGCUAUGAUCAGGUAUGAAUCAUAGAGCAAGCAGCAGACAGCUAACGUUAGCAGCGUGAAGAGAUCAUGCCUUUCCUGCACGGCUUCAGGAGGAUCGUGUACGAGUACCAGCCGCUGGUGGAUGCUGUGAUGGGUGUCCUGGGAAUAGAAGGAGAAGACCAGCACAGGCGAGAUGAUGAAGACGGCGUGUCUGGGGCUCUGGUGGAGCUGCUGGACAGAGAGUCUCAGUCUCCCGUCUUCAUGGAGGGCAUCAGUUACUCUCUGUUUCGAGCGGCUGAUCUCGGGGUGGUCAGCGCAGCACAGGUGCUUCUGCGUUACGGAGCGGAUCUCAACUUUGAAGACCCUGUAUCGUACUACAACCCCUUACACAUUGCAGUGUUGAGAAACAAGCCAGACAUGGUGCAGAUGUUGAUCUCUCACGGAGCUGAAAUAGAAAAGAGAGACAGGAUUCAUGAAAGCAGUCCUCUUGAUUUGGCCGGUGAGGAGGAGGAUAAGUUGCCGUGUCUGCGUGUGCUUCUGGAUUUGGGUGCUGAUGUGAAUGCAAAAGACAAGAAUGGAAAAACUGCACUGCUUCAUGCUCUGGCCAGCAGUGAUGGACUCACAGUCAAUAAUUUGGACAAUAUACAGCUGCUUCUAGAAAGAGGUGCAGAUGUGAACACCGUCACACAUGAUGGCGAGACCCCCAUGUCUUCCCUCACGUUCCUGGUGAAGGAGGCUCUGGACAGCAGCGCGGAGGACGCGAAGGAGAUCGGGAACUUCUGUACCCGCGUGGCACAUCUUCUGAUCAGCCACGGCGCCGAUCCCAGCUGCUGCUUGAACGCUACCGACGCUGAAGUGUGGGAACAUUCUCUCACCUACAUCAGUCUGGAGAACUACGACCUGCUGUUUCCCCUGACCGCCCUUCUCCUCCAGCACGGCGCUUCCUUCGUCUGCUCUCACCACAGCGCCUCCUACUGGACAGGUCAACAGCUGAUAUUCACACGUCUCGCAGAAGCUCUCCGGGAAGCUUUAGAUGCUGCCGAGGCGGCUGAUGUUUUAGCUAAAGCUGAAGUGCUGUUGGAUCUGGCCAGAAUCUGCUGUCCGUUCAUUCCUCCCCUCUUCCCCCGCUCCGUGCUGGAUCAGAUCUCGACCUGUCAGCCCCUGCUGGAGCUCUACAGCAGACUAGAGGAGCAAGAGAGGCAGCCGCUGCCACUGAGAUGUGUUUGCAGGAGACUCAUCCGCCUCUGUCUGCGGCCCUGGCCCUUCGAGGAGAAGGUGAAAGCCCUGCCACUGCCAGACCGACUGAAGGACUCGCUGCUCCCAGAGAACAGAGCCGGCUGGGACAGAUUCAAACCUCGACCUUCUCAACGCUGACAGACACGAUUUAUGUGUGUGCUUGUGAAUAGAGCCCUUAAUGAUCACUGCAUUUAUUAAAACUCAGAUAAAAAUGACUCGGUGCCUGCCUCUUUUGAUCAGCAUGCAGAAAGAUCAUUUUCCUGAUGAUCUGAGAGGGAGAAAU